CCUACUGCGCCGCGUCGAAGUGCACUUACUUUUCUGAGAGCUUGCUUGGUGCCCGGUAAACUAAAUCGUGGAGGAAUCGGGGGGGGCUGAAUGUUGGUGGACCUCUCCAGUCCUCUCCCAUCUCUUCGUAUAAGCCGACAGAGUCCAGCGCCCAGACGGCAGUGGCCCGCAGUUGGUGCUCUGCCAGCGAAGUGGGAGCCAUGCCUGUCCCCGCUGGAUACCUCAGCGACUCCCCUGCCGCGGCCUUCGUAUCCUCGGCCUCGCUUAUCCCACCGCCUCCGAUAAACACCCAACAGCCUGGUGUUGUCACCUCGCUGCUGUACAGCGGUUCCAAGUUCAGGGGCCACCAGAAGAGCAAAGGAAACUCUUACGACGUGGAAGUUGUUUUGCAGCAUGUCACCAUGGAGGAUUCCUACUUGUGCGGCUACCUGAAGAUAAAAGGACUAACUGAGGAAUACCCAACUCUGACCACGUUCUUCGCUGGAGAGAUCAUCAGCAGGAAGCGGCCAUUUCUCACUCGGAAGUGGGACGCAGAUGAAGAUGUGGAUCGUAAGCACUGGGGCAAGUUCCAGGCCUUCUAUCAGUACGCAAAGACAUUCAACUCCGAUGAUUUUGACUAUGAGGAUCUGAAGAAUUCUGACUAUAUUUUCAUGAGGUGGAAGGAGCAGUUUCUGGUUCCUGACCACACAAUCAAAGACAUCAGCGGUGCAUCCUUUGCUGGAUUCUACUACAUCUGCUUCCAGAAAUCCACAGCAACAAUCGAGGGCUACUACUACCACAGGAGCUCUGAAUGGUACCAGUCUCUAAACCUCACCCACGUUCCCGAGCACAGCGCAGCCAUCUAUGAGUUUCGGUGACAUCAGCCAGCAUCGUGGAUCUUUUUUUUUGUGGAUGGACAGAGACUUAAAGCAAAGCGGAGGUCUGCGGAUGCUACUGAGAAGGAAAAAGUGAACGACUAGGGAUGAGAAUUCGGGCUUUGGAGAAGAGCAAACUCUUAUGUGCUCCCGAUAAGUGGACAGACAGCUGAUUGACCAGUAUAUAGGACAAAUGAAUGUAUGUAUGGACGAGAUGAGCAGAAAGUGCAGUCGAGCUGGAGCUUGUAAAGUUAGAACCAGCAGCAGAGACUGGGUGUGGCUCGCAUAGUGUACCCCUUUAUUCAUUUGUGUUAACUUCUGGUUUUUAAAAACGCUUGGCACAGCAUCUCCAGACACUUUUUAUAAGCAGAGAUGGGAAUUCCCCUUCUUGUCUUGCGACUAGAAACCUUUCCAGCUUUCAUCCAGCCGAUGCAGAGUGAACAAAAUACAAACACAUUUCGCUGUGUCUUGGACAAGGAUUCCUCCAAGGAGUCUACUCUUAUAAACACAGUUUCUAAAGAAGAAAAUUGCCAAGUCUGUGUGGAAGAAAAAGCAAGAGUGAAGUUUGGGUUCAUGAUUGAUUGGAGCUUUAAUCAGCCCAUAAGCUAGAAUGACUGUAUUUUUUUAAAAGCUAAGCUGGUUUGCCUGUCAAGAGGAUAUUUUGUUAUUUUAGUCUAAAUGAUGGACACAGAGUGGCACUUUUAAAGGUUGAAAUGUGAGCGACACAAAACGAGCUUUUACCCUGUGUUCAUACAAAUGCUUUGGAGAUUAUUAUCACAUGUGAUUGCUGUGGAUCUUGUUCCGUUGAGUUACAUUUUGCACAAAGAUGGACUUUAUGUUACUAAUGCUUGCAGUCAGGAUUUAAUGCUCACACACCCUAACACGCCCGCAUCAAGGUGGCGGGUCAAGCUUUUUGACUUGUUUUCAAGGGUCUGACUGUGUGGGAGGUUUAGAGUCAAACCAAUCACAUUAAAGUAUUCAAAAAGAGAGUAUUUUCACCCUGCAUUCUGCAUUAGAGCUUUUUACUCCCUCAUGUCAUUUUAAAUUAAGACACCCCUAACAUCCCUACAUUUAUGUCUCCUCGACUAUGCAACACUUUCAACAUAGCACUCUCCAAACAUAAAACCUUUGGUUUUCAGAGACAGAAUUUUAUUCUAUCCUUAGUAUAUGGGAAGAAAAGAAUCUAUCUUCAGUAAAGGAAAUAUUUUUGUUAAAUUGUCUUUGAAAACACUUCCUAAUCAUGUUCCCUUUCUGUGUGAUGGUGCCAUGUCUCUAAAGCUAAUCAGAGUUGUAUUAUAAGAGAUCAGAAGUGUGUUUGAGAAUAAGCCUGGGUUUGAUUGAUGGUGUGACUGUAAAGAAUGGCAUUUUAAAAAUCAUAUCAAAACAUC